AUGACACAGCAAUCUUCAAGGAUACGAUGGAGUCUUGCGAAUAUUCUGCUGCAGUGCUCCCUGACAAUAAUAAUAGCAACUUUGUGGAAUACCCCCUUGGUCCUUGGAUUCUCCCUACACACAACGACCACUCCACCCCACAAGAGCAAAAUUCCCGAAGAAGUCGUCCAACACCAACUCGAUGCCUUUCGAGACUGUCAUGUCGCUCAAGCAUUCCAAUACAAUUCCCAAGCCAACCAAGAAUUGACGGGACCUUGGCAAUCCUUUGCCACAUCGAUCUCUGACAAAGCGUUCAAGCCCAUUUUGGGACAUGCCGAGUCCACCGUGUUAAUGACCAUUGCCCAUGACGACGCCGAUUAUGUGUGUUGUUUGGUCAAGGUCAUUCCCAGCCACAAUCCACUCCCUCCAGCAUUGCAGCAAGUCAUUACAGAAACACGACGAGACGAAGGGUUUUUGGAAGAAGAAGUCUACGACGAUGAAGAAGACGAUGAUGACGACGCAAGAAUAUACAAUCGGUAUCCCCCCUGUGUAUUGUAUUGGUGGGAAGUAUCCAAACAAUUCGAGGACGACGAAGAAAACUUUUUCUAUCGCGUGGAUAGCGUGUUGCCCGAUGCUGAGGACCUGGAAUUGGACUUUAUGGAAACCACGCUAUUUGCGGUUGGGGAUGGCUUGGAUGAAGAUGACGAAGACGAUGAUCCAUCAGGAUUCUUCUUUGAUUUGGGUAUACUAUAG